AUGUACAAGUACAAGCAAUUUUCCGGGUUUUAUUUCACCAAGGGUCAACGGUCGGGCAGCAGCGAGAGCCCCGAGGAACAGCAGCAGCAGUUGAGUGCGAGUGCCGCCCAUGACGACAUUUCGAUGCUGUCGUCGUCGUUGUCCGCGUCAGCCUCGGGAUCUUCCCAUCGGGAAAAUAAGGACAUGUCGUCGCGUGACGUGCUUCUGGGUCAUCAGUCCCCCAGACUUCCCCGUGGAACGCGUUACCCAUCUUAUCGAUCCGUGGUCCCCACGAGGGGGUGGAAAGAAUAUUUUUUCACGAAUUUGCAGCCGGGUUGGAUUGUGUUGGGAGCAGGUGUAGCUAGCUACCGACUGGGUUUUGAAAAGGGGGAUUCGUCCGGCUUGAAGCCUAAGGUCUUUUGGUCGUAUUCGAGUUGUCUUGUGCUGUACAAGCUGUCCGCAUUUCAAGUCGAAGACAACGCCUCAAACUAG